AGGGAGGGAGACAGAGAGAGAGAGAGAGAGAGAGAGAGGGAGAGAGAGAGAGCGAAUGAGAAGGAAGGCUCGCAAACGCUGCCUCUGCGCCGUGAUACUGGAUUGUACUUCAGCCGGAGCGCUUUGGCAGCUUUAAACACAUCAAAACAGAACAAAGAGGCAGAGCGGACCGGGCAGCAGCAGCAGCAGCGACAAAAAGAGAGAGAAUCCGCGAAAAGAAAAGAGAGGGGAAGGGAAAAAAGGGGGGGGGACCUGAGGAAGAGGAAUCUCUGCGACCAGAUUACAAAAGAAACUGAAGGAGGAGAAGCACGUUUUGAUAUUUUCGCCACUCGCCUGUUUGGACGGUGUUGUUAUUGUUAUUGUUAUUGUUUGUUUUUUCAAGGCGUUCUGCCCUCUGAAGUUUAUCGAGGCUGCAAAGUUGUUUUUUUAUUUUUCAACACCUUUUUUGUUUUUUUUUCCCCUUCUUUUUUUUCCACGAAACUGCGAAAGCCUGGAGGACUGUUGAUGAGGGCUUCGCGACUCCCCACCUCAAAUAACUAGGAAUUAUGCUUCGCACCGGUUCGUCUGUCCGAGGCAUAUGAAUGUCCAGGGCGCGCAGUAGAGUCCACGGAUUCUUUAAAGCCUCGUUAUUAUCAUUAUUGCUCAUUAUCGUUAUUAUUAUUAUUAUUAUUAUUGUUAUUAUUAGCGUUCGGUUACACGUCGUUCCGUUGCCGUCUCCGUGCGCCUCGCGCUUCUGCUGGCUGCUUUUAUUUUCUCGAGGCACUUUCGAUGUCAGACUUUUAAAGUUUUGAAUAAUUCAUGAGAUUACAGUUUUGCCUGCGCUGAAGAAGUGAAGAAGGAAGAAGAGGAGGGGAAAAGGAGAGAGAAAAAAAGUUUGUCCAAGAAAAGAAAGAAAGAAAGAGAGAAAGAGAGAAAAAGGGGAAAAGAGCAGGAGACCGGGAGGGAGGGGGGAGCUUGACCGACAGCCCGUCGCUGAAGAUCAGCGGAAUGGCCACGGCGGCUUCCAAUCCGUACCUGCCCAGCAGCAGCAUCCUGUCGUCGGGCUCCAUCGUGCACUCGGACUCGGGCGGCGGCAUGCAGGCGGGAGGCGGCGCGGUCACGUCGGUGUCCGGCGGCUACCGAGGAGAGCCGACGGUCAAGAUGGCGCAGAGCGACUUCAUGCCGGGCGCCAUGGCGGCGGCGGCGGCGGCGGCGAGCAACGGUGCGCACAUGCUGAGCCACGCGCACCAGUGGGUGACGUCGCUGCCGCACGCGGCCGCCGCCGCCGCCGCUGCGGCAGUAGCCGCCGCCGAAGCCGCCUCGCCCUGGUCCACGAGCCCCGUGGGCAUGGCGGGAAGCCCGCAGGGGGGCCAGCAAGGAGGCCAAGGCGGACAGGGACAGGGCGGGCAGCAGGGCGCGCAGGGCGGCCAGCAGGACGUGAAGAGCAGCUCGGGCCGGGACGACCUGCACGCGGCGUCCGCGCUGCACCACCGGCACCUGGGGCCGCACCAGACGCACGCGGGCGCGUGGGGCGCCGCCACGGCCGCCGCAGCCGCCGCCGCCGCGCAUAUCUCGUCCAUAAGCCAGCAGCAGGCGCAGCCGCAGCAGUCGCUCAUCUACUCGCAGCCCGGCGGCUUCACGGUGAACGGCAUGCUGAGCGCGCCGGGCGCCCAGAGCCUCGUGCACGCGGGGCUCGUGCGCGGGGACACGCCGGAACUGGAGCACCCCGGCCACCCGCACCACCCGCACCACGCGCACCACCACCAUCACCACCACCACCACCAGCAGCAGCAGCAGCAGCAACAACAGCAGCAGCAGCACCACCACCAAGCGCCGCCGCCGCCGCCCCACCACCACUCGCACCACCCGGCCAGCCACCACGGCCACGAGGCGCACUCGGACGAGGACACGCCGACCUCGGACGACCUCGAGCACUUCGCCAAGCAGUUCAAGCAGCGGCGCAUCAAGCUGGGCUUCACGCAGGCCGACGUGGGCCUGGCGCUCGGCACGCUCUACGGCAACGUCUUCUCGCAGACCACCAUCUGCCGCUUCGAGGCGCUCCAGCUCAGCUUCAAGAACAUGUGCAAGCUCAAGCCGCUGCUCAACAAAUGGCUCGAGGAGGCCGACUCGUCCACGGGCAGCCCCACGAGCAUCGACAAGAUCGCGGCGCAGGGCCGCAAGCGCAAGAAGCGCACGAGCAUCGAGGUGAGCGUCAAGGGCGCGCUGGAGAGCCACUUCCUCAAGUGCCCCAAGCCCUCGGCCCAGGAGAUCAGCUCGCUGGCCGACAACCUGCAGCUGGAGAAGGAGGUGGUGCGCGUGUGGUUUUGCAACCGGCGGCAGAAGGAGAAACGGAUGACGCCGCCCGGAGUGCCGCAGACGCCGGAGGAGGUGUACUCUCAGGUCGGCAAUGGACAUUUUUUAGUAGAUUACUUAAAAGAUGCAAGUUUAUGUGGGCCGAGCGAGCCGGGCGACCAGAGGGUGACAGCUACAAGUUCGUUCCAUCAGGUAAUUCUGGCGCAUUGACUUCAACUGGGAAAAUGAAACCAAGCAUUUAGAAACCUUUACCCCAACCCCGCCCCCCCCCCCAAACCACCACCACCACGAGCAGCACCAACAGCAACAACACCACCACUGCUACUACUAACCCCUCCACCCCCUAACCCCCACUGCUACCCCUGUACAUGUCCUGUUUUCGAGAGGCAAUUUGUACGUGUCGAGAUGGGACGUUAACCCCCCCCGUCACCACCAAGACCACCACUACUACCACCACCACCACCAACAACAACAGCAACACAAAAAACGGGGGUUGAAAUUGAAAUUCAGCCCCAGGAACGGCGACAGCAGUGGCUUCCAACAACUUCCAGAGAAGACUGCUCUGGUUCUGUUUUUGUUUUUGUUUUUGUUUUUGUUUUUUUGGACGACAAACAAACCGCGGAGUGGAUUUUUUUCCCCCCUUUGCCUUCCAGCCCGAACAUGAACACUAAAAGAACACUGAGGAGCGCCUGGUCUCUGAGAUCGUUUUCAUGUAAAGAACUGAUGGAUUUUUUUUGGAAGAAAAAUUGAAAGACGUUUGAAAAAAAAAAAAAAAGUGACAAUUCCUCAGCUGCACUUACAGAGGGGGCCAGAGCUGUGGACCCCCCCCCCCCUCACCCCCACCACCGCCAACACCACCACUACCACCGAGACCACCACCUGCCCCCCCCCCCACCCCACACACUCCCCCUUCUUCUCCCAUGCUGCCAUUUCCAAGCAGUGUUCUUUUUUGGUAGGUUUUCAUAAACGAGACUAUGUAAAGCCGGCAAUAUAUAGAAUUCAUUAGAUCAGAUGCUGAUCGGAAUUAUUUACUUUAUAUUUUUCAUUAAAAUGCUUUGUUUUUAAUAUUUUAUUCGGGAUACGUAUGGACUAUUCCAGACAGUAAUUUAUUUCUCCCCCUCCUGCCCCCCAGACUUGUGUAAAAUGUUCUCUACCUUGAUUUUUCUGGUUUGACUUUGUUCCUCUUUCGUUUGUUGGAUUUGAAUUUUUUUUUUUUUUUGCGUUUUUUUUUUUUUUUUGUAAUAUCGUUUUUUGAAGGAGCACAAAUCAAUACGAGCUGACUCUGGCAGUAGGUAACAAGGGUAUUUUGAUGUGAUGAUUUGAUUGUAAUUUAAUUUCCAGUAGUGAUUCCGUACGAGACUGAGAACAAUAAAUUUGUUAGAAUGAAACGUGA